CACAGUCCUCAUUUUGUGUUUCAUUUUGUCUUGCAAAGUGGCUGUAAGAAGCUGUAAAACGGCUUUAAAAGGCUUGUAAACUACAUAUUAAACUGUUUGUACUGUUGCUAAAUCGCUUAAAUCAAGGCCAAGCCACGCGUAACAGCAAUUAAAUCGCUCUUCGCCAACCGUAAUCGUGGACGCACCAACCCAAUCCGCCUUAUCUAUAUUAGUGCUUAUUUCGGGAUGAUCGGAAUAGGCUCGCUAUCUAUCUAGAAUUAUCAGAAAUUGCAUUAUCUCCGCAACGUCGUGCCCUACAAAGCCGUCACCCGGGUCCAUAAACGCUUCAUUCAAUCAGUUCCGUUCAACCGCGAUGGUGCGUCUUGUUUUCGUCUUUUCGGUCCUUCUGGCUGGGCUGUGGUGUGCCGAGGCGAAUCGACCCGUGUUCUGCUACUACGCUUCCUGGUCCCACUGGCGUCCUGAAAAUGGGGCCUUCAAUGUAACGAACAUCAACGCACACCUUUGCACUCAUCUGCUGUACGCGUUCUUCGGCAUCGAUGAGGAGGGCAAGGUGCAGAUACUGGAUCCCUGGCUAGACCUUGAGGAUGACUUUGGAAUCGGCAACAUCCGUCUUUUUAACGAGCUUCGUCUGGCCAAUCCGUCGCUGAAAACGUUGGCCGCUAUCGGUGGUGCUCACAUCGAAUCGUUUCUGUUUUCCGCACUAGCCGCCAACCCAUCCGCCAGAGCCGCCUUUGCACAGAAUGCCCGCAGCUUCUGUCAGGAGCACGGAUUCGAUGGAGUGGACAUUGACUGGGAGUUCCCGGGCCACCACGAUGGCGUGGAUAGCAGCAACGAUAAAACGAACUUCGCACUGAUGCUCCAGGAACUGGCUACUGAGCUGCAUAAUUAUGGGCUCCUGCUAACGGCUGCCGUUGCGGCCAGUGAACCGAUCGCCUCCACCGCCUACGACAUCCCGGCCAUCGUUCCCCAUCUCGAUUUCAUCAGUCUGAUGACGUACGAUUUCAAUGGAGCCUGGAAUGACGUCACCGGGCACAAUGCACCCCUGCACGCCGGUCCAUCCGAUCAGAACGAUUUCCAGCGGAUGUUGAACGUGGAGCACAGUGUGAACUACUGGCUAAGGCAGGGUGCCCCGGCCAAUAAGCUCCUACUGGGUGUGCCCACGUAUGGUCGAUCGUUAACGCUUGCGGACCGGGAGGAAAACGGUUUGCGAGCACCAUCCGUUGGUCCGGGUCCACAAGGGGUCUAUACCCGUGAACCGGGCUACAUUGCCUACUUUGAGAUUUGCUUCAACUUUCAACCCUACAGCAAGUGGGUUAGAGUUUGGGAGGUUACCCAGAAGGUACCGUACGCAUUUUACAAUGACCAAUGGAUAGGUUACGAUGAUCGGGAAAGCAUCACGGAAAAGUGCAAGUUUGUGAUUGAACGGGGCCUGGCUGGUGCAAUGGUGUGGACCAUCGAUAUGGACGAUUUCCGUGGGGACUGUGGGCCUCAAUUCCAACUGAUACAGACACUGAAUGUUUGUUUGAAUAGGUAAGGCGGUUGUUUUGGCUGUGCGUUAUGUAUUGUUUAAGGAGUGGAUCAACACUUCCAUUUUUUUGAAAAAAUUAACUAUCUAAUCAAGAGUUAAUUGUCCCUUUGGGUUAAAAUUUAUUGAAUGGUGCAAGGGAAAUGUAUUUGCAUUCCGCAAGGGUUAUUGAGUGGUAAAGAGAAGAAGAUGAAGGAUGGGAAAAAUGGUUUUACAAAGGUCAUUGUUAUAUGUUUAAAGGUAUUGUUACUACGUAAUAGAAGCUAUAAAAUCUGUUUUAUUGGAAUUAAUAAAAAUAGAAUUUAUAUUCCAUGGAAA